CCGACUCACCAACCAACCAACCCCAAUAGAAAGUUCCCGCCCCACACAACCCAAGCGGGAACAACAUUAGCCGUUUUCUCCACGAUAUCCGAUCCGAUGCAAUCCAUGCAGCACAUCAAAUUCCCCCUUCCUUCCAUGCAAUAUAUUCCACAUUAAGCCCCAAACCAGCCAACCAUGUUCACCUUCUUCUCCCGAUCCCAAACAAGCGGAGGAAAAGGCGGCUGGCAGCGCAUCGGGCUCACCUCCGACUUCCCUGAUGUAGACUCUCCAGAAAACAAUGGCGAUUGUCGGGUGACAUCGCAAUGCAAGGCUUUUACGAUUCCGAAGACACCCACACCAGGCUCAAGUUCCGCCCCUGUGGAAGCGGAGAUUGAUGGUCCGCUGGAGGAUUUGAAGGAUCAGGUUCUUGUGUUUAAGUAUAAGGGGAAGAUGCAUGCUAUUGAUCAUCAAUGUCCGCAUUCAUCGUUUCCACUGUCGCAGGGAAGUCUGUUUGACAUUGAGGAUUUUGGAAUCACCCUGAGUGCGGGUAUAACAUGCCCUAAGCACGAUUGGUCGUUUGAUCUCUUUUCUGGACAGGCUGAUCGCGGGAAUUACAAGCUUAAGGUUUGGGAGGUACAGUUGCGGGACGUGCCUGCUCCGAAGGAUGGGGAAACGGAUGAGAAGGAGGUUUGGGUGAGACGCAAGCAGCGGAUUGGAUAGUUGGAAGAACUGGUUGUUUUGUUUAUUAGAGAUUUCCAUUGGAGAGUUUGCUGUAUAGCUGGCGGUAUCGGCACUGCCAGAAUGGUGCUUGGGCUGGACCCAGGAAGCUGAUGCGAUGGAGACUGCAG